AUGGGACAAAAAUCAGAUUUCAAAGCCAAGUUGGUCUUAGAAAUUUGCUCUAUUUCAACACGUUUUGCAACCUGUGUUCAUACCAUUCUUUCAAACCCAACCAAAACAACUUUCAUUGACUGGUAUUGCAUUCUUGGAGUGGAAGAAAAUGCAGGGGUGAAUGCCAUUCGCAAGAGAUACCGUAAAUUGGCUUUGCAGCUUCACCCAGAUAAGAACAAACAUCCAAAAGCUGAAAUUGCCUUCAAGCUUGUUUCUGAGGCAAAUGCAUGUCUAACUAAUGAAGCAAAACGAGAAGCUUUUGAUUUUGCAAGGUACAAACAUUUCUGCAUUGAGUGCAAAAGAAUUCCAUAUACAUCAGCCAAUGUUUCCGUCAAUUCCAAUGGUUCAAGUUUCAAGGCAUGGAAUGUUAUCACAAGGUCAAGAUCUUUAAAGUUUUGGAGAAAUAUUAGGGAGGUUAAAGAGAGACUUAAGGAAGAGGCUAAUGUGAUUGAUUAUUGUUUGAAAGUAAAUUCAAUGUCACGGAAUGAAUCAACACUCUACAAUCAAGAUAAUUGUCUCGAUAGGAGCAAGUCCGUGCAUAAAUUCGAGAAAGAAACUCCUGUUUUCGAUCCAUCGGAUUACUUGUGCCGAGGCUAUCCUCAUACGAGAGGCUUUGUUAACAAGAAUUCUUCCAUGUUUUGGUAUUUGCAGACGAAUAGUAUGGUCCAAAAUGAAGCUAGAGGAGCACGAUAUAGUUCUCCGGUUUUUGAGGUCAAAAGAAGGAGCAUGUUUUCAAACGAGUUUGCUUUUGUACCAUCGAGAUAUUAG